AUGAACCCCCAAGCAAAACUAGUAUUCACCAUCAGCUUACUCCUAGGAACAACCAUCACUAUCUCGAGCAACCACUGAGUUAUGGCCUGAACCGGCCUCGAAAUCAACACACUCGCCAUCCUACCAUUAAUCUCAAAAUCCCACCACCCCCGAGCCAUUGAGGCCGCUACCAAGUACUUCCUAGUCCAAGCAGCCGCCUCCGCCCUAGUCCUAUUCUCCAGUAUGACCAAUGCAUGACACACCGGGCAGUGAGAUAUCACCCAGCUCACUCACCCAGUGUCGUGCCUGAUUCUAACCUCAGCAAUUGCAAUAAAACUGGGAUUAGUGCCAUUCCACUUCUGAUUCCCGGAGGUAUUGCAAGGUUCACCUCUAACCACUGGACUCCUACUCUCCACUAUUAUAAAACUCCCACCAAUAGCGCUACUUUUCAUAACCUCACCAUCACUAAAUCCCACACUCCUAACCACCAUGGCCAUCUUAUCAACAGCCCUUGGGGGAUGAAUAGGUCUCAACCAGACACAAACUCGAAAGAUCCUAGCAUUCUCCUCCAUCUCCCAUCUUGGCUGAAUGGCGAUUAUCGUCAUCUAUAACCCAAAACUUACUCUACUCAACUUUUACCUAUAUGUGCUAAUGACCUCAACAGUCUUCCUCACCUUAAACUCGAUCAAGGCCUUAAAACUGUCCACUCUAAUGACCACAUGAACCAAAGCACCAGCACUAAACACCAUGUUACUAUUAACCCUACUCUCACUCGCAGGACUACCACCGCUGACAGGGUUCCUACCCAAAUGACUCAUCAUCCAAGAACUAACCAAACAAGACAUGGCCCCGGCAGCCACAAUUAUCUCUCUCCUCUCCCUACUGGGCCUGUUCUUCUACCUACGCCUGGCGUACUGCGCAACAAUUACACUGCCCCCUCACACCACUAAUCACAUAAAACUAUGGUACACCAACAAGCCAACUAGCAUCCUAGUUGCUAUCCUAACCACCAUGUCCAUCAUCCUACUACCAAUCUCCCCUAUGAUCCUCACCAUCAUCUA